AUGUCAAUGCCUGGUAAAGAAGAUAUUGAAAUACAGGAUUUCGAGAAGGGCUUGACUCAUUCUCAGUCUUCUUCAUCUAGAUGGGAGAUUCAACAGGCUGAGAAGAAAGCUGUUACAACUGAAGCUUACUCUGAAAAUGAUGAGGAUGAUCAGUUUGUUGGUGGUACUGCUGAAGUAACGCAACUAUCGUUCUUGAGCAGAAUUGCAGUGAAACUGAAUGCAGAGACUAAAGGUAUUGAACCAGUUACUGAUGAAGAGAAAACUGAUGAUUCUGUUAUAAAUGCUGCUUCUAUGUGGUUUUCGGCAAAUAUGGUGAUUGCAGCUUAUGCUUUGGGUACUUUGGGUCCAUUGAUCUUUGAACUGAAUUUUGGUACUUGCGUUUUGGUUAUUGUUUUCUUUAGUAUCUUGGGUUUACUAUCAAUUGCUUUCUUCUCUGUGUUCGGUGCAGAGUUUGGUUUAAGACAGAUGAUCUUGUCUCGUUUCCUGCUUGGGAAUUUGACCGCCAGAGUUUUCGCACUGAUUAAUGUUGUGGCGUGUGUCGGUUGGGCAGUUGUUAAUACCAUUGCUUCGGCUCAAUUGCUGAAUAUGAUUAACCCGGGGAGUCAUCAGUGUCCUCCUUGGGCCGGUGUCCUGAUCAUUGUCGGUGGUACAGUUAUGAUCACUUUCUUUGGCUAUCGUAUUAUUCAUGCUUACGAGAAAUGGUCCUGGGUACCAAAUUUCGCUGUCUUCCUAGUCAUCAUUGCCUGUUUGGCCAAGAACGGCUCCUUCUCCAACGGUGAAUGGACUUCUGGUCCUACUACCGCUGGUGGUGUUCUUUCUUUCGGUUCUGCUGUCUACGGUUUUGCUACUGGUUGGACUACAUAUGCAGCUGAUUACACCGUUUACAUGCCAAGAAACAUGAACAAAUACAAGAUUUUCUUCUCCUUGGUGUUCGGUUUGGCCUUCCCAUUGUUCUUUACUAUGAUCUUGGGUGCUGCGUCCGCUAGAGCGACUAUGAACAAUCCACUAUGGAACCAAUACUAUGAAAGCGACUCCGUUGGUGGUUUAACUUUUGCCAUCUUGGUGCCAGAAUCUUUGCAUGGAUUUGGUCAAUUUUGUUGUGUUCUGUUGGCUUUGUCCACUAUCGCUAACAACAUUCCAAACAUGUAUACCAUUGCUCUAUCAGCUCAAGCUACAUGGGAACCAUUUUCCAAAGUUCCAAGAAUUGUGUGGACUUUACUAGGUAAUGGUGCUACUAUUGCCAUUGCUAUCCCAGCUUACUAUAAAUUCGAGAGUUUCAUGUCCAACUUUAUGAACUCCAUUGGUUACUACCUAGCCAUUUACACUGCUAUCUCUUUGAGUGAGCACUUCAUUUACAGACGUGGUUUCAAAGGCUAUAACAUUGAGGAAUGGGACAAAUGGGAUAAACUACCGAUUGGUAUUGCAGGUUGUUGUGCACUAUUUGUUGGUGCAGUAGGUGUUGCUGUCGGUAUGUGCCAAACUUACUGGGUCGGUGAACUUGGCCGCAAGAUUGGAGAAUUCGGUGGUGACAUUGGUUUUGAACUCGGUGCCGGUUUUGCAUUCGUCGUUUACAACAUCAUAAGACCUCUAGAGUUGAAAUACAUCGGCCGUUAA